AGUGCCCCAGGACAGCGAGGGAGGCUCACGGAGCGCUCGCAUGGCUUGGGUUGGGUUCUUGCGGGCAGCCCUGCACCCCCCGCCGGCGCCCGGCCUCUGCUGGACGAGCCUGGGGCUCCGGUGCUACGCCAAGAAAGCCGUGACGAAGGUUAAAGGAAAAGGUGUGUCAAAGGAGGAUCUCAAAGGUCCCGAGGUGUGCAAGGAUCCGGCGUUGCUCACCACCCAUGCCAUGGGCACCAACAUCUAUAAGCAAGGUCCUGAGGUGGCACUAAAGCCAGACUCAGAAUAUCCUGAAUGGCUUUUCCAGAUGCAUCUUGGCCCCCCUAAGAAGCUGGAAGAUUUAGACCCAGAGACCAUGGAAUAUUGGCGUUUCCUCCGGAAGGCAAAUAUCAAGCAGCGGAACCAGCUAGGCAAAGCCCGAGGAUUUUGAUGUGGGUAGCUGGGAGACGGAAACCAAAUCUUUCCCAGACAUGUGGAACUGGCUGCUUUGUGCAAACCUUGGACUGACCUUUUGCUUUCAAAGGGGAGAUUUUCUUUGGUAAACAUCCCAAUAAAUAGCUCUCAGCUCUU